UCAUCGACAUGAGCUCCCCUGAUUCUUUACUAUCAGUUUGCAUUUCUGCUCUUCACUAUCGACUUGCUUCCUAGAUCUUUGCCAUCGGCUUCCUCUGUUCGCGUCGCUAUUUCGCAUCUGGAUGUGGGAGAUCGCUGGGUUCACUCCCUUGUUUGGCCGUUCUUUACCUCUUCUCUACUUCGUGGCUGACAGUGAUGCGUGGUGCGUCAUCUUGAACUUCUCUUCCUCCUCAGUUAUAGGCGUGAGUGCAGCGAAUUCAUUCUUCCUCCUUUCCUAUUCUACUAUAAUUGAUUUAAGAACACUGGUUGCUAAUGGAAGUUCAGUUAGCCUUUGGCGUGCCAUGGUACAUCUAGCUAGCAGGGUGUUUAUAAGAGGUGCUAGCCCCAUGCGAUGGCUAACACACGUGGAACAAAGGGAUGGUUAUUCGUGAGCAUCAUACUCAUAUUUGUUUCGUGGUUUCAAGCCACAUUUGAUUAACAUUACCCUCAUGGACUGUGUGUCCACAUUUGUUUCGUGGCUUUGGCUGUGUUUGGUUAUUUAUCCUCGUGGAUUGUGUGUCCACAUUUGUUUUUAUGGCAUAAGCCGCAUUUGGUUAUUUACCCUCGUGGACUGUGCGUCCACAUCUGUUAAUUGUUUUGAUAAGUCCCUAUAAUUAUGAAUUCAAUUAUUUGAUGAUUUUAUAUUCCAUUGAUUUUUUUUCAAUAA